GCCUUGAGUGAUAACAGUUUGAUUUUGUGCUGUAGGCGGGCUACUCAGUCCGACCCUGGCCUCCAGCUUGUCAAAAGUAGACAUGAUGUCAAAUGUAACAGCUAACUCCAUUACACUGAAAGGCUCGGCUAACCUUUUGGCUGAUUACUUUUUUUAUGCCUUGAACAGUAUUCUCUAUCAACGUGGAAUAUACCCAGAGGCUUCAUUUAAACAAAAUACAAAAUAUGAUAUCACCGUCCUCACUACAACAGAUGAAACACUUCUUAGCUAUAUGCAUGUUGUACUGGGUCAAGUAAGAACUUGGCUAAGUGAUGGUAGAGUAUAUCGCCUUGCUCUAUUAAUCAAAGAAGUUAAAACUGAAGAAGUACUAGAAAGAUGGCAGUUCAAUUUGACCACUGAAGAUACAGAUUCCAGUAGUCCGAAUGGGUCAAAGCCGUUAGCUAAUAUACAACGUGAAAUUCAAAAUGUCAUUCGUCAAAUUGUUGCUUCGAAUACUUUCCUACCGGUAAUCGAUACCAUAUGCACAAUGGAAUUACUUGUGUAUGCAGAUAAGGAUGCAGAUAUUCCUCUUCAAUGGGAGGAAACUGGUCCACAGUUUAUUCCUGACUCUGAAGAGAUUAAACUGAGAUCGAUUUCCACUACUCUGCAUAGGUGGAACAUGGGGUUUAUCAAUGAAGUCUCAGUAGCAGUGGCUUUAUUUUUUAUGGGAAGAAGUCGCUGGUCUCACGCUUAUACCACCUUCUUUACCGGUGCUAAUACUAGCUAUGCGAGUUUAAGAAUUCCAGCUUUAUUAAACUAUCUUGGAUGAUUACACGCUGAUCAUUAUACUUUGUGGUCUGUUAAAGACAAUAACUGGAAAUCGCGAAAUCCUUUAAAAUUAUCGGUAGACAAACAGCUCUCUCGUCCUCAAGUUUGUCGAAGCAGUUUCUGUCAAACGCUUGAAACCCGUUCUAUGUGUUCAAAAAGAAGCAGUUAUCAGUCUUUCCUCGCUCUGGUAAUUGGAUGUCUUUAUUCUCUCUUCCAUUUGAUUACGUAAUCUUUUGCUUUAACCUUGCUCCUUUGAUAUAGAGUAAUUUUGCUUUUCUCUUGUAGCCAUGCUUUUAGUUGAACUCAGUACAUUGUUACCUAAUUUGUUAGUCACUCAUCAUCUUACGCGUCUCUCGUCUCUAUUGGGUAACUCCUUUUCAAUUGUACGUAUGCAUUUACUUUUUUUAAACUGUAAUUGCCUGUGUAUAAACUAUAUAAGCGUAAUUUCCUGAGCACUGUUCACUAAUUUCGGUACCUCCUAUACUGACAUCACGUGAAAUUUGCAAGUAUGUUGGCACUUUUCUGUACAUAAACUUAAUUUGUCUACACUUUAAGCAGCUGAUCAGAAGCCAACGAAAUAAAUGAUGGUAUCAUU